GUGUAUUGCAGUCUCCGUACUUGGACGGAGCCCAGGAUGUCGAACUCUGCUUUUGUGGUGGUCUUGGGGGGCGCGGUUGCAUCAUAUGCUUUCUUCUGGGCACUUUUGCGCCUCACGCAGGACAGCAGGGAGCCUCCCGCUGUGCUCCAGACCUUACCAUUCCUUAGUCCCAUCUUCGGCAUGAUACGAUGGAGUAUGGAGUUUUAUCCGCACAUGAGAGAGUCAUACCUGAAUUUACCCAUCUACACGUUAAGAAUUCCUGGCGCCCGCCUCUACGUCAUCAACUCUUUGAAUCUCAUUCCUGUCGUGCAACGCCAAUGGCGCACACUCUUGUUUCCUCCUGUGUCGGUCAAGGCGGCGAAGGUCGCGAUGGGGGCCAGUGACUCCGCCAUUGCAAUUCUUGAACAGGAUAUGGUCACCGAUAGAGGUUUUGUUCCAGGAAUGGUGAAAGUUACGCAUCCCACCAUGAGCAAUGGUCCAGCUCUAGACGACCUCAACGCCAAGGCCUUUGCGGCCUUCGAUGAAGCCAUGGGCCAUUUCACAAACCCUGCUGGCACAACCGUCAGCAUGUUUCAGUGGAUUGGCUCUCAAAUUAUGCGCGCCACCACUGAUGCUGUUUACGGGCCUGGGAACCCGUUGCGCGACCCAGAGAACCUCGAAGCUUGGCAACAAGCUGUCGCCGGUCGUGAACAACUUGUCAGAAGCUUUGCUAAAUACUUCGCCGACGGUGGCUACAAAAAUGGGUCAGCCUACAUACAGAGGUUCACCCAGCACUGUAUCGACCAGCAGAUACCUGAAAGCGAUGUUCCGAGGUUUCUCCUGGGCACCCUGUUCAACAACGUGGCUAAUACCAUUCCCGCUGCGUUCUGGGUGAUUUAUCGCAUCUUCAGCGACAAGACCGUCAUGGAAGCAUGCCGUGCAGAAGUGAGCAACGCGGUGAAAGAGAGCAGCAACUCUUCUACCAUCGACCUUACUCUAGUUCUCAACUCAUGUCCGCUGCUUUUAUCUACGUACCAUGAGGUCUUCCGCUAUUACGGCCUGGCGAAUUCUGUCCGCAUAGUAUCAGAGGACCACAUGCUGGGUGGACAGUACCUGCUGAAGAAAGGAGGUCUCGUCAUGAUGUCCGCCCGUGCCCAACACAGCAACCCAGCCGAAUGGGGCGCCAACGUGAGGGAGUUCGACUACAAGCGUUUUGCAAAGACAGGCGAUUCCGAGAAGCGCAUCAACCCCGUUGCGUUCCGCGGUUUCGGAGGCGGUACAUCACUGUGUCCAGGCCGCCACUUCGCUACCAGCGAGAUAUUGCUGCUGGCAACUUUGCUACUUUUACGGUUCGAUGUGCAGCCGGCGGACGGUCAGUGGGUGCAUCCUUCGACUGCAAAGUCAUCUCAAGCGGAGGCCGUUGAGCAGCCUGACAAGGACAUCAACAUCAAGCUCAUUCCUCGAGUUGGCUUGAACCAGAAACCGUGGCAAAUUGUCUUUUCGGGUCGAAGGGACGCGGGGGCUCUGAUGCAGGAGUAGUUGACUGUCUGAGUGGGGCCUUGGUUUGUGAGGAGUACCUGGGUACUAUCUUGAACUUGGUCAAUACCCCUAUUUGCGUCGCCAUGUUGUGGUUAUUUGCGUUAGAGUUUGAGCUCACUGCGCAGUGGUCUCAUUGUGAAGUUGGUUUCUUUGGUCAUA